AUUUCCAUAUCCAUGCUAUGGCAGGAGGUCGUCCUGCAGCUGGGUGCUGUUGUUUCAUCAACAAUGCACGUUUUCCAAUUCUAAUUCUUACCACGUUCUGUAUAGCCGCACUUUAUUCGACUCUCAUCUUAUUCAAUCUGCUCACAAUUCUAGAUUCAGAGGUUGAGAUAAGGCCUGUACCCGGUCUUGAUUCUUUACAUGGCAGUUCAUAUAAAGGAUAUAAUCGACUAAAGCGAGAACUAUCUGAAUCAAGGAUUCCUUCAAAAGUAGUACGUUUCGACGAAUCAACUGAAGACGAAGGACAUCCGAUUCUCCCUCCAACUGAGAAACCAGCACCAGUUAUCACCACUGAAACCCCAACAACAAGAGAAACUGAAAAGCCUGUACCUAUAUUUAUCACAAACCGUCCGGAAACUACCACCGUUCGUGCUGUAAGAACUACAACUAAAAAAGUUGAAACUACAACAUCCGACGACGUUGUUGCCAGAGAAGUCGAAAGGACUCUUAAAAAGUUGAGAGACGCAGAAGAUGGUAAAUCUGAAAGUAUUCCCGAACAACUUUUCGAAAAUGUAUCGAAUGAACCAACUGAGACCCUUCCCUUACGCCUCCAAAGAGGUUUAUUGUUUGCAGCAUCUGGACUUGGGGUGAUUUUUGGAAGCUUUGUGACUAUAAAUCUCAUCAAGAAAUUCGGCGUUCGAAAAGUCUUCUCGAUUUGCAUGGUUCAAUCUACAAUUCUGAUUUUAUUGUUCCUGUAUGUGCAGAAAAGAAGCUACAUUUUUCUCCUUCUGACACGUUUCUUACUUGGAUUUUCGUUUUCAUCAGUUUUCCCUGUAAUGGGUAAUUUAUUGAUUCAAUGGGGACCUUUGAAAGAACAACUUAUCUUCAUAACAUCAAUGUUCAUGUUUCUUUCGAUUGGGCCCGUGGUUUCUUGGCCAAUUGCUCACUAUUUCCACGCUCUUGAAAUCUCUUUAGAUAGUGUCUACUACAUUCAAUGUGGUACUCUAGCUUUUCUCACUCUGAUAUGGUCAAUAUUUUAUCGUGAUCGUCCACAAGACCACCCAUGGGUCAGCGGAGUUGAAUUGAAUAAAAUUGUUGCAGGAAAAGUGAAUGAAUUACGAUCAAAUCGUGCACUUGCAGAUGCGUAUACUUCACUUUUCCGAUCAUUGUCUGCUUGGAGCAUCUGGACUUCUGCAUUUGGUCUCUUCUCAGUUACUGCUUUCUUUUCAAUUUAUCUUCCAUCUCUUCUGGCGUCACCCGAUGUUUUUGUUGUUGAAGGACUUGGGAUUCACAGUAGUUUCCCUUUUCAGCUUUUGCCGUUAUCAUGUAUCAUCUUUUCUUCUCUCAACGUCCUCUUCAAACCUUCAACAAAGAUCGUCAGAAUUUUAAAUUUCACGGCAUUUGCCAUUGGCGCAAUUUUGAUGAUCGCUAUAGUUCUCGUCGCUUCACUACAAACCAAAGCCGGACUUUUUUCGCUUCUUCUUAUUUCAAUGCUACCAUUUGGCUUGGCCAUUGUCGCUGGAUUUGUAAGAAGUUUAACCGUCGUUGGAAGAGUUUUUGCCGAGCAAAUUGUGGCAAUGUGUGCUGUUCCAUUUGGACUGGCGUUCUCGAUUCUUCCAAUGGUUGUUACAUAUUCUGUGACUGAAAACAAACUGGCAGAAUGGAUGAAAGUCACAAUGUUCUUAUUUUUCGUUCUUUCUGCUGUCGCCAUCGAGUUUGCAGUUUUUGGAAGAGGUAAAUCAGCGUCGUGGGCUGCUUCGUCUUGGGAUCCGCUUGCAGCUUCUACAAAAAUGCAAUCUCUAGCUCUGAUCGAUUUUAAUCAAGACGAGUGUGGACUUUACGAAAUUCGAAGAGUUGAAUCAAAAAAAUAAAACAAUUGUUUCUUUAAACACUCAUAAUUGGUCAUGCUUUUAAAGCUUGUUAAUUAUUUGCUCAAUAGUUUGCCAAAUUUGACCAAAAUUGUUUUUCAGGUCAACGAAACUGCAUUAUUUCAAUAAUAAAAUCUUAAUUUAAUAUUCAUAUCGCUCUCCCAUUUUUAUCAAAUUUAUUUUUUGUUCCUUCCCGUGUAGUAUCACUUUCUGUACCAUAUUUUCCUGCUGUUUUGUUGUGCUUUUUCACAUAAAUUUUCUCGAACAAAAGUCCUCUGAUUUUCACUGAAUAAACAUGUUUGUUAAC